UUUGAGGUGGUGUGGCUUGGGGGUGGGGUGGGGUGGGGGGAGUAAGGAGAAAAGAGGUGACAAGCUGCAGGAAGCGUUCUCGAGCGUGAAAGCCGAGCUGGGGAGAGUGGCCCUCAGGUUAAUUGUCAAGAAGAUUGGAAGAAUUCUGCUUUUCGUCAAUGAGGAACUACAGGUUGAUCUUCUGCCACAAUCUCAAGCAACCAUAGCUGGCUAAAGUAUGCUUAUUCACUAAGGGUGAUUGUGCACAAAUUAAUUUUUCAUUGGGUGUCCUUGCUCAAAGACAAAACAGCUGAGCUUUUUGGGCUGAGGGAAGAUAUGAGGAAGAGCUUCUCUCCUUCACUGAGUAACAGCAACUCAUUAACUACUAACAAAAUUUUUGGGGUUCCCCUUAAUGAGCUACAGCAACAAGGACAUCCAGGGAAUGGAGUUCCAUACAUAGUAAAGCAUAUUGUGGAGUAUCUGGAAGAAUAUGGCGUGGAACAGGAAGGACUUUUCAAAGUAAAUGGAAGCGCAGAGAUGGUGGAGUGGCUGCGACAAAAGUAUGACAGCGGAGAAGAAGUGGAUUUGGUUAAAGAAGCAGAUGUAUCUUCAGCUGUGAGCCUCCUUCGACUGUUCCUACAGGAACUUCCAGAAGCUGUCAUCCCUGCUAGCCUGCACACUCACUUAAUGCAGCUCUAUCAGGAUAACAGUAUUGAGGAUGACUUUGGAAGGAAGUUGAAAUGCUUCUUACAACAGCUUCCAGCUGUUAACUACAAUCUUCUGAAGUUCCUCUGUAGAUUUCUGGUCAAGGUAACAUCACAAAAGGAAGAGAAAUGGACUGCAAGCAGUCUUGCUGCUGUGUUUGGCCUGGAUGUUUUCCAUAUUUAUACAGAUGUUGAAGAUAUGAAAGAACAAGAAGCAGCUAGCAAUAUAAUGUCUGAACUUCUGGAAAAUUACAAUGAGUUUUUUGGUACUGAAGAAUUUCUAUCUACCGACAUUUCAAAUUCAUUUCAUGUUGAGGUGACUAAAUCGUGCGAACAAGUUGAAAAAAUAGAACAAACUGAUGUAUUACCUGAAGAUUGUGAGGAAACACUGUACAAAAAGAUGGGCACUGAGCAUUUGGAGAUUACUAAGAAUAUUACUGAACCUGACAACAUAGUUUUGUCAGCAAGCGCUCCUGUAUCCCCUUCAAACCGAGUGCCUGCAAAUACACAGAUUCUGGAAAGGACAAUUCGAGCAGUUGUGGAGCAACACCUCUUUGACCUGCAAAGCAAUAUUGAUCAAAACUUCAAACCAUCGCAGUUCAGUACAUCAUCUAAUGAUCUUGUCCAAUACAGUGGAUGCGAUGUGGAAAGGCCCAGGAAAACGAAUGAUCUCGUUGAAGAAAAUACUAACAUUGAUGUUAGUAAAGUGACCUUUCUAGAAGAUUUGCAGCAUACUGAUAGUUUGGAAGGCAAAGAUGAGCAACCAUCACUGCAUAUUCCUACCUUGGAAGCACUGAAUAAUGAUUCCUAUCUGGAUGCUGGAAAUGUUGUGAAAAACGUGUCCCUUCCCAAAGAUCCUCUCCUGAAUACAUCUAAGGAAAGCUUAGAUAAUGGACCAAUUGUAGAUGAAGAAAACAACAUCAAGGCUGAAAGACAAGAAAGUUCCUCGGAUUCUGAAACUGACAUCGAUUUCAAAUCAACUUUGGGUUUCGCGACUGGAGUUUACGAUUUAAAUGCUAACACAGAGUCUGAUGUACCAGCACGUAGGAGUGUUUCUUUUCGGGCAGAUAAAGUACGACCGGAAAUUGCUCCCCUUGAUCUGAAGAAGGUGGCUGAGACAUGCGACUGGGAAGCGCCAUGUACAAUCACUUUUCCCUUCAUUGAUUUCAAAACAAUGCAUCUUCAAAGAGAUGGGAAUGAUCCUGUUCCUGCAUUCAAAUCGUGGCAGGAUGAAUAUGAGCAUGAGUUGGGGGAAGCACAACUUUCCCCGCAGGCAGGCCGACUGACUAGCCACCCGCUGGAGGAAGAUCCACAGCCCAUGCUGUGUCGUCGUUACCUCAACUUUGGUCACAGCCAGCGCUUUCUUCGGGAACCUGAUUCAUUAAUCUCAUUGAAAGGACCAACCUCCUUCAGACCUCGAAGAUCAUCGUUUGAUUCCAAAGAUGAAGAAAAGGAAGAGCAGACACGUUUACAGCUCACCAAAAAAUUACAGAGCAUCAAAAAGAAAAUAAAGUUAUAUGAAGAUCAGUUUGAAAAGGAGAGGAAGUAUAAGCCAUCCCACAGUGAUAAGGCAGCAAAUCCGAAGGUUUUGAAAUGGAUGAACGAACUGGUCAAGCUGCGCAAACAAAUGAAAGAGGCAAAAUCCCGAACGAUUGAAAAAGAUUUAGAAAUUUUACCUCAAGCACGGCCCCGUAGCAAUACCCUACCCAAAAGUUUUGGUUCCUGUUUGGAACACGAGCGUGGAGACGCACACCACAGAGAAACACCCGGAAAAGAAGCCAAGCCAUCAAUGGAGGCAACAUUGGAAGCUAUCUUAAACAGACUGAAGGAAAAGCGAGCUGAGGAGGACUGGCCAGAAGAUAUCAAGGAAAUGAGGCAAAAUCAUUUAGCAGCGGAGAAGGUAGCCCUUCAGAAAAGUCUACUCUAUUUUGAAAGCAUUCAUGGACGACCGGUUACUAGAGAGCAAAGGCAGCUGGUGAAGCCUUUGUAUGAUCGAUACCGACUGGUGAAACAGAUCCUAACCAAAGCUAACCUAAUACCAAUUAUUGGUUCCCCAUCAACCAAACGCCGUGGUCAAACAUUACAGCCGAUCAUUGAAGGCGAAACCGCUCACUUUUUUGAAGAAAUCAAGGAGGAAGACGAGGAGGAAGAUGAUUGUAAUAUGACAGCGAGCUUUGCUGAUACCCUAAAACUAGGCUGCCAUACCAGAACCUUUUUAGAUCAGCUGGAGAGUGAGCACGACACAAUCGAGCACAGUGGAGAAGAGACUUCAGCCAAACUGAACCUUGAUCUAGGGGCAUCGAGUAUCCAUGCAGCGUCAAUGCCAGAGUUACUUGAGCAACUCUGGAAAGCAAGAGCUGACAAGAAGAAAUUACGGAAGGCGCUACGUGAAUUUGAAGGAGAAUUCUAUCGACAAAAUGGAAGGAAUGUACAGAAAGAAGAUCGAACCCCAAUGAUUGAAGAGUACAGAGAAUAUAAACACAUAAAAGCCAGGUGUAGGCUUUUGGAGGUUCUCAUUAGCAAGCAAGAUUCUGCUAAAUCCAUUUAAAUCAAUAUUAAUCAGUACUAUCUUUAUCUUGAACAUUGUUGUUGCACACUUUAGUUAAUGGAACUGGUGCUUACCUCUUUUGUGACAUAUCGUUACCCGAAGCCAAUCUAUGUACCUUUGGUGCUUCUUUAUCAAUUGAUGAAUAAUAGUUAGGGUUGUGCCCUGAGGUAGUUAUGAAUGGCAGGUGGAUACUCCCAGAGUAAAGAGGACAAAAGAGAGAUGACAUUCCCUUAAUUGGUCUGUACUGUCUUGUGUUUUGUUGCUCGACAUGUCUGACAGGUGAGGCUUGUACUUGUGCAAGCAUGGAAUUAUUGUUGGUACUUAAAUGCUUUCAAAAUACCUUGAGGGCAUCCAAUGAUAGAAUGCAAAAACAUUUUGUUUCCUCAAGCUACAGUUCAGCCAAAUUGAAUGCCAUCAUAGAAACACGUGUAAAGCAAAGGUAUGCUUGUUAUCCUGUACUUGCUGCAUUGCAUAGUUUAAAAUAAUGUUUUGAAUUCUUUUAAUUUAAUCGUUGGCAUCAGAAUCGUCGGUUUGAACUGCAAUUUUCCAAAGCAUUAGUCGGGUGUGUCUAUUCUGAGCAAAGAAAAGUUCCGGUCGUGCUUUCAGAAGUAUUGCACUUGUACCAUCAACCAUUUUGUGAAGUGGACAUAAUAUGUGCUGGUAUUUAUACCCGUUAAAUUUGCUUGUACAGAAAAGAUGGAACUUGCCCGUCACCCCACAAUGGUACUAAAGCACUAACAUACAGUCGAUGGUUUCUAAAUCGUUGUUUAUUACUUUUAUUGAGUUUAUUAACAUUUUUGAGAUUAUUUUUUUUCCCCUGUCGAGUAAAAAAAAUAUUUGGCAGAAUUUGAUUUUAUGAAUGUGAUUUAAAAUGAAGUUCCUGCUUUCAGUAUAACUUCCUGUACUCGUGCCACUUUUUUUCUGGCUAUAAUCUGCUCAAUGACGAUAUGAACUGUUACAUUUAUUGUGAAGUGUUUUUUUUAAAUUAAUGUAACUUUUGGAAACUACAUCAGUGAGUCUCCUUGCCAUUUAAAAAUAAGUGGGUGUUCCUUUGUAAUACUGGUUAUAAUUGUGAGAACAAUGCAUGUAUCUACUGUAUUUAUGUGAUUUGAGCAGCUAACUUUUAUGUUUGCAUGAUUUUAACAAGCAGUACUUACUAAGUUUUUGGUAAAUAACACAAGGACACCAUAUUGAAGGCAGGCUUAAUCUGCAGACAUGUACAUUGGAAGCAAUUGAAUGUGUACAUUUUUGUACAUGAUUAGUUUUGUUUUAUGUAAGAAAUCCAGCAAAAUUGUUAUGCAUUGUAUGUAGUACGCUGACACGUCAUGAUUGAAAAUUACAAUAUGAAGAACGUAAUAAAUAUUUGGGCUCAAUUUGUGUGCAUAUAUAGAUGUACUGUGGUACAUUUUAUAGUAAUGUAUCAUUUAUACACAGUUUUGUUUAAAUCUUCUGGUUUUAUCUGUAUAUUUAUUCUGUAUAUUUCUGGUGUUAAAUGUUUUUCUAACCCGUCUUACCUACAAUUCUUGCAUUGUGAUACUUGGUCUGGUCCACAUAUUGAAAUUGCUUGAUAAUUCAAAGAGAAAAAAAUAAUGUGCAUGAAAUAUGCAGAGAAACAAUCAUAAUAGCAAUAAAAUUGUCAAAAGUUUGAACUAUGGAAUAUCUGCUACGUAUCAGAUGUUUAAGACCGUUUCCUGCUCGAGGUGAACAAUGUAAUGAGUAUGCAUGGCAAGAACAUUUCACUGUGUGCCAUCAUAAUUGCCAACCAAAGGCUUUAAAGGAAGUGGUUUCAUGUUUUGGUGAACUACAAGAUUUACAACAGUGCAUGUUACAUAAUGUAGAUUAUUUAUUUCUGAAGAUUAUUAUCUAUUCGUAGUUCUAACGUUUUGCUGUGACAUUACUUUAAUAAAAAUGUUUCCACACUG